CGUCAAACGAUCGAGUGCAUUCAGAGUCUUUAGAGAGAUUCUUUUGAGGAAUACUGUUGGCUCCCCUGCCAACCUUGUCGACCGCAGCUAAGUAUUGUCUUAUACCCGUAUCUACCCUUGGGAUUGUGUUACCAGAGUCACUAGCAUCGACUACCUAUAGUAUCAAUCGACGACCCGAUCACGACUUCGAGUACAUAGACGAUUGUGAUGAUGAUGAUCUCUCGAGGCUUGACAACUCUGCUAUAGUUGUCGCUUAUUCAGACGAGGAUUCGUGAUUGAUCCUGUCUACUUUUCUCUUUCGUAUACUCAUUAUCAGACUUAUUGAGAAAUAGUCAAGAACUUAUGAGAUUACAAGAUAUGUCUGUGACGCGUCCGAUAUUCGGUUCUGAUCUGUGACGUCAAUCGAGAAGUCCGUAAUUUUGCAGCUCGUUACAUUUCGAGUAUCUUACGUACUUCAGGGGUUCUUAUUUGGAUCUUAAUCUUCGGUCUAUUCCGUCACUAUUACUCCGAUAUGGAUACGAGUCCUAGUAGAGAAAGCGAUGUUGGGUUGCACGCGAGUCCGUCGUCGAUAGCUUCCAAUGAAGAGUCUGCAGGGGAGGAAACCGUGUCGCUACAUUUAUUGGCGGUCUCGGUGGGACGGAAGGUGAAGGAGAUUGCGAACACGGUGAAAGUGCGGAGUAGUGCUCUCGAUGAAGUAACGGCACUGUUGUUGAGCUAUGAGGAAUGCCCUUUGGCGGAGGGUUCAGAAGCGCUUGAACGAUUCGUUGGAGCAGCAUUGGAGGAGGUUAAGGAGGAAGUGUUGGAGCUUGUGGGACCGGAGACUGAGUUCGAUGAUGUUGAAAGUGCGAUAUAUGAGCAAUAUGAGAAUUUGAAGAGUUAUUUGGUCUUGGAGUUGAGGGCACAAUCUCGAGGUACAGGGGAAGCCAGGGCCAUCCGUCCGGCUAAGAAGGCAGUACGGGGUCAACUGUGGGCCAGUUCUUAUUCGCCUUUUGCUCUUAACCUUCCAGAACCGUUCCUGGAAAGAAUUGCUCAGCGACGAUGCGAUAUUAUCAGAAUGGGGACGGGAGAGGCCGAGGCACUACGUGAGCAAGUACGAGGUGGCGAGAGCCGAUUGACGACAGACCGACAAGCCCACACUGAUGAACCCAGAAGAGGAUCGACGGUGAUAGCGGAUAAGUCUGAAGCCAAGGAAAGUGAUGAGAGGAUGGGUGAGGCUGUCACAAGGGGAAAAUACUUUCCAGAUGACAAUCCCAUUGACAUCUCGAAGGGAGGUGUAUCCUUGGGUUCGCCUGGGAUGUCAGAUGAGAAAGUUACCGAUCUCUGGCAAGGCCGAGAGCUGCUCAGAGAAGGAGAGAGGGAGAAAAUCCGUAAGGCCGCUGAGGCAGGUCGUGCUCCUCCGGGUGGACCGUAUAAGAUCACGGGAACGACUCCACUGUCUCUGUUCAAGACCCAUGUGUCAGUAGUGUCAUCAAGUCGGGGGUGGAGCAAAGUUCACGAGUAUUAUUACCUCGCUCACCACAUUGAGGCUCGGCUGUGGAUCGACGUCGUCACUGCGAAUCAGAAGUUGUUAAAGGACCCCUUGCGCCGAGAGAGUUAUUCCGAGGCCGUUGCCGAUAUUUGGCGAGCCUUAGAAAGAAGAGCUGGAAAGAAUCGUGAGAGUGAGAUCCUCCAGUCCGAGGGUCUGUCGAUGAGGCAGAAGAAGGGAGAAAGUGUCAGUGAUUUCCUUCAUCGAGUGAACGAUUAUAGAUAUAGAUGUCAGUGCGCUGGAAUCGUCCAGAGGGAUUCUCACUGGAUUACGAUGUGCAGGGUGGGGCUGGCCGAUCAGUUGAUCAAGAAGAUUAGUUGCUUGACCACAGUGAAUACGUGGGAGGAAUGGUCUGAGCAUGUUGAGCAAAUGGCAGGAGAUGAUGCAGCGGGCAAUCGAGUAGCUGAGGCAUUUGGGAUGGAAGCAUCUGAGAAUGGUGGUGUCUCGAAACCUGAAGGAGGGAAUGAUACGACUAGGGGGCGAUCGAAUGCCGGGAAGGGACGAGCUGAGUUUCGCGGGAAGUGUUUCUUUUGCCAAGAGUUUGGUCAUCGAGCCUCACAGUGUCCGAAUCGUAAUCUCUCGGGAAAGUGCUUCCACUGCAAGAAGUCGGGGCAUCGAAAAGCCCAGUGUCCAUUGCUGAAAACCACGCAGGCGGCGGUCGAUGUUCAGCAGGCCAGUACUGAUGUCAGUGAUCGGAAAUUACCGAUGGAGCCUUCAAAAGAGGCACAGGUGGCCUCCGAGGAGAACGAGAGGCCGACCGCAAGCGUACGUGUGACAACGAGCUCUUAUGCAGUGGAAUGCUGUGAAGCGACGGCCGGGUGGAGUUCGGUUGCUGUUGGGAAGAACGAUGAUCUCCCCACUCUUUCAUUUGAAUGGGGUGGUGAGGAGAUGACAAUGCUUCUCGACAGCGGGUCAGCAGCUUCGCUGAUCGAUCGUGAAACUUCGGAGAGUAUGAUUGAGAGAGGAGCCGCAGUAAAGGUCAGAGGCCAGUCGUCAGUGUCCAUCCGUUAUGCGGAUGCUAGGGUGGAACCGGCCUGUGGCGAGAUCCUCGCCAACGUAUGGAUUGAUGGUAAGCCUGCCUACCUUCCUUUCCUCAUCGUGGAGAAGCUGGCACAACCACUGAUAGGGCGGCGUGGUCUACGACUUCUAGGAGCUACUCUUGACUUUCCCCAAGACACUAAGGAGGAGCGAAUAGCUCUUCAGAAGAUGUUUGAGAGUAGAUCUACUGAUGCCAUGACUGCUGAUAUCGAUCUCUCAACUGCUAUCAUCGACUGUUACUCUACCAAUGCGGAGAUGUUCGUUGCCGACGAUCGUGACCUACAGGCUGUGGAAAGUGGUCUGCAACGACCGGCGUCGAAAUCGUCGGCAGCAUCUGAAGCAGGAGAUGUGCUGGAUCGUCGAGUUGAUGAGGUGUUGGCUCGAGCAUCAGCUGAGCUACACAAGAACGGGAAGGAUUAUAGGGGUCGAGAGAAGGAACUCCUCCGAACUUUAUUCACCAGAGUGAGCGAGCUGGGCGGUAUAACGAUCUCUGAUGGGUACGAACUGUCUCUGAAGAGAGAGCGGGAGGCAUCUGGCAAGCCAGAAUUUGCCUUUGUGGUCAAGUGGACGACGAAACCUUCUUCGUCUGAUGGUUCGUCUAAAGUUCCAAGAGGUUGGUGUAGUAACUCUAUGAUACAGAAGCUCGACGAGGACGAGCGAUCUGAGUUCAAUCAGCAUUGCUCUGUGUAUACUGAGAGGGGCUGGUGGGAGAAGGUCGAGGAAGACGAGUCUGAACUUCGUAGGAUACGUCGUUCCCAUUUAACCGGGACGAUCUUUCCAGUGAAGCAGAAGUUGACGAAGUCUACUCGUAUCCGACCCGUAGCGGAUAUGAGAGGGGCCAAUUUUUACUCACCGGCAGUGUCUGCAGUUCAACCAACGGUGUUGAAGGCAGGGCAAGUUUUGAGAGGGGUGCUCCGAAGAGGAGUGCAGAUACGACAAUACGACCUCGAGAAAGCUUUCUAUUCUAUCGGUAUCGAGGUCAUCGACGUGGUUACUGGUGAACGUACUCCAGUCUACCUAUCGGUCGGUAAGGAGUUGUUUGAGUGUUCUAAGCUAGCCUUUGGGCUGGCGGUAGGUCCGCAUGCGUUGAACUGUACUCAACGUAUCAUUCGCAAAGUCGUUCGCUGCGCUUACGACGUAUUGCGAGGUGCUCAAUGUCACGAUGUCUACCCUACCAUUGUUGUUGUCAUGGACGACUUCGUAGUAGCCGGUGAGGCUCCUGUGCUUGAUGUCGUCGAACAGUUGCUUUUGCUGGGUUGGGACCUGUGCGGUUUCAAUUGCCCUGAUGCGAAGCGUGAGAGAUGGUCGAGUGGCCAAGAGUCGGGUCUGUCUGACGAUUCUCAACGUUCUACUCGUGAUAUCUUAAUGCCUUCAAUGGUUCACACGACUUCUUUGGCGCUGGUUGGUGUACUAUUUCUGGGCAAGUGUUGGGGAGAGAAGUUGAUCCGAAUGGGUAUAUCUCCGCAGAAAGUGUCCGGCGCGGCGCAUUCGGCUCAUCUGUUGGCCAAUUUGAAGAUCGAUGGUGAAGAUGUGACCGUCCUUGUUGACACCGGGAGUGGCUGCGAGAAAAUCAUCUACAAGUGCUACGAGUGUAAUCCAGCGCCAUGUCGCGAGGGUCCGAAGAAGCAGUUCGAAUUCUUCGACGGCACGCGUGUGACUCUCUUCCCGCAUUCUGGGAAAGUCAAUUUCGGCUCUUCCACCGCAAAUGGUAUCGGCUUCGGUUUGCUUGAUGGAACUAAUGGUGGUGAGGAGGAAGUUCAACAGACGGCUGCAGACGGUCGGUUCAAGAAGGAGGGCUCUGAUGAUCUGGAGAGGGUGGCAUCAGCAUCAAGGGUCGAUGAUGGGACUGGCCCUGAGAAGAGCUCAGAGAGUGGUAAUGAGAUGGGCAUCUCCCCUUCAACCGGGCGGAUGAACUCGCGGGAAGGGGAUGGACCGACCGAGAUUAUUGUGAACAACGAGUCUAGUGGGGAGGGAGCUAUGAGGUCAUUUAUAGCCGUCACCGUUGUGACAGUCCUGUUGGUGGCAGCUGUCAUUGGCUCUUUCCUGUGUGCUAAGGAUACCAUCCAAACACAAAGAAGCAGGACAAGAUAUGAUGGUACUGGUCAUAGGGUGAGGAAGGUCAACAUACCAUCGCCUGGAAGACGAUACAAUCUGGUUCGACCAUUUGCAGGGACGGUCCACACAGUAGGGCAGGACAUGUGCUUGAAGGAUGUCCCGAGCUUCCCUCGAUAA